AUGCCACUAGCCGCCAAUGAACGUGCAUCCUGGCAGCGGCAGGAGUUGCUGCACUGGCCGUCACAAUCACCGUCACACCUCCCUCAGAGACAGCCCGCUUUCGCUGCUUCUGAGAGGCCCUCGAAGCGCCCGGGCUACUGCUCCUCACUGAGCUCGUUGGAUCUUCCUCACCCCAUCCAAGAGGCAGGCAUGUCUGCCAAUCCGGGACGGAACGGUGUCUCCCCUCCUCGGCCCUCUGCUUUAUCAAUCCACCAUGGCACCGAUCCUGCCGUUUAA